AAUCGCCAAAGUUUCACUUAUAUGCGCGAAGUCAAAAUGCGCGCCCAUGAAACUAAUAGGCAUACCCAGGCUUGAACUUCAAGCAGCGGUACUUGGAACACGUUUGUCACAAACAGUUCUCGAUGAGCAUCGGCUUGCAGUUUCCUCACGAAUUCUUUGGAGUGACUCAUCAACUGUAGUCAAUUGGAUAAAUUCGAAGCAUCGAAAAUAUAAGCCAUAUGUGGCGCAUCGAAUAGCGGAGAUCCUUUCAACAACCGAGCCGACUGAUUGGAAGUGGCUGCCCACCAAAGAAAAUGUGGCCGAUAUUGCGACACGCCGAACAAGCCAAAUAGAUGUUGAUCCAUCUUCGCGCUGGUUCUCGGGUCCAUCGUUUUUGUCAAUGCCAGUGGAGUCAUGGCCACGUGCCUCGGUCACUGCGAACAAUCAAAAUGACAGCGACGAAGAAAUUCGACCAACUAGCGUUUUCCUAACGAAUACCUAUGUUUUAAUUGAUUUUAGUCGAUUUUCCUCGUACCCUAGGUUGAAAAGAACAACGGCUUGGAUGUUGAGGUUUAUUGAUCGUUCCCGACGUAUAAUAUCGAGUGGGGGUGACUACGGAUUGACCUCAAGCGAAGUCGAUGCGGCCGAAGCUUAUCUGUGUCGCCAAGCUCAGUCUGCAGUAUACGGUGUGGAAGUGAAACAACUAAAAGAUGGACAAAUGGUGUCAAAGGAAAGUCCAAUCUACAAUUUACUGCCGUACUUGGAUGGGAAAUCGGUUAUAAGGGUAGGUGGUAGGAUCCAAGCUGCCAGCUGGUUACCGCUCUCUGCUAUACACCCAAUUGUGUUGCCACCAAAGCACCGCGUCACUGUGUUGAUCGUCGCGCAUUACCACUGUAAAAUGAAGCACCAGAACAUAGAAGCAACAAUUGGAGAAAUAAGGCAAAAAUGUUGGGUCUUGAACUUGAGACAAGUCCUGCGGAGGGUUGUUAUUGGCUGCAUGAAAUGCAAAGUAUUGCGUUCCAAACCAGCUACGCCAAUUAUGAGUCCGCUCCCUCAGGAUCGAUUGACACCGUACGUCAGACCGUUCAGCUACACCGGGUUGGAUUACUUCGGCCCUCUGAAGGUCACUAUUGGUCGGCGUACAGAAAAGCGGUGGGUAGCUCUUUUCACCUGCCUUACGGUCCGCGCGAUACAUCUGGAGGGGGCUUAUGACUUGUCCACCGACGCCUGCAUCCUAGCAAUAAGGAACUUUAUUAAUCGACGAGGUGUCCCUGUGCGUUUACGGAGCGACAACGGUAAGAACUUCGUUGGCGCAGAUCAAGAGGCAAAGCGGUUUGACGAGGUGUUCGACUGCGAGCGUGUUAGCAAUGAACUGUCAUCAAAGGGUAUUGGGUGGAUUUUUAAUUGCUCCCAGAAUCCAUCGGAAGGCGGUAUAUGGGAGCGCAUGGUGCGCUGCGUAAAGCGGGUUCUAAGUCACACGUUGAAAGAAGUUGCUCCCCGCGAAUAUACUUUGCAAAGCGUCAUCGUAGAGGCGGAAAACAUAGUCAACUCGAGGCCUCUUACUCACAUGCCGAUCUCGGUCGAUCAAGAGGAGCCGCUUACCCCAAACCACUUUUUGUUGGGGUCGCCGAAUACGAUGCAAACGCCUUGUAUAGGGCAGCAGGAUGAGAAAAUAUGGACAUUGCGGAAACAGUGGAGAAUUGCACGGCAGCUGCGCGACCGAUUCUGGAAACGUUGGGUCGUCGAAUAUUUGCCCGAUUUGACAAGGCGAGCUAAGUGGUGCACACCGUCGAAACCAUUGAAUGUGGGCGAUCUUGUAUUCAUUUGUGACCCGAAUAUGCCAAGGCGACAGUGGUGCCGGGGUGUGGUUGAGAAUGUCUACCGGGGUGCUGAUGGCGAGAUCAGAAGAGCAGACGUCAGGACAAACACCGGGGUGCUUCGCCGUCCAACAUCAAAGCUGGCCGUUUUGAACAUAGAAUCUAGUUAAUCUGAGUGAUUCACGGGGGUGGGGGUGUUGCAAAACGCCCAUCCCUGACGCGUUAAAUAUUCAUCGAUGUAAGCUCAUCGCUGUUUUCGAACUUCCUUUUGUUCCAUUCGCUGCACUUGCGAAUGAUAAAUUUAGUAGUGUCGUGAAUAUAGCAGAGGAAAAGCGCAAACUGCGGUGAGUAUAUUUGUAGUGUUCGUAAAUUUGGUCAUUUUAUAUGUUGUAUUAAAUUCAUGUACA